CCAAGCUCAAUGGAGAGAUUUGGAGUGUGCAUUCCUUCUUUGAUCCUUUUUUUUAUGCUAACUAAAAGUUUAAGUUCUAAUGCAUUUGGUGGCAUUUUGAAUGAUGAAGAAGCACUCAAGGAAGGCAACAAUGGAAUAGAAAAUUCUAUCACAAAUUAUCGUGAAAAGGGGGACAUGGAAGGUGAUGAAUGGCAAAUGGUGCAAAAGAAAGGAAACCAAUUUGUGGUGGAUGACAAACCUUUCUAUGUUAAUGGAUUCAACACAUAUUGGCUUAUGGUGUUUGCUGCAGAUGAGUCCACCAGAGGAAAGGUCACUGAGGUGUUCCAACAAGCAUCAUCAGUGGGUAUGACAGUUUGUAGGACUUGGGCCUUCAAUGAUGGCCAGUGGCGGGCCCUACAGAAAUCUCCAUCAGUUUAUGAUGAAGAAGUUUUCAAGGCCCUGGACUUUGUGGUAAGUGAAGCAAAGAAAUACAAAAUCAGGCUCAUAUUAUCAUUGGCCAACAAUUGGGAGGCAUAUGGGGGCAAAGCACAAUAUGUGAAAUGGGGCAAUGCUGCUGGCCUUAACUUGACCUCUGAUGAUGACUUCUUCUCACAUCCAACUCUUAGAAGCUACUACAAAGCCCAUGUUAAGACCGUGCUCAAUAGAGUUAAUACAUUCACAAACAUCACUUAUAAGGAAGAUCCAACAAUUUUUGCUUGGGAAUUGAUGAAUGAACCUCGAUGCACCUCAGAUACCACGGGUGACAAGUUACAGGAUUGGAUACAAGAAAUGGCAUUCCAUGUGAAGAAAAUUGAUCCAAAACAUCUAGUUGAGGUAGGACUAGAAGGAUUUUAUGGCCCCUCAACACCUCAGAGAACUCGGUUUAAUCCCAAUGCAUAUGCUCAACAAGUUGGAACUGAUUUUAUCAGGAACCACCAGGUUCUUGGUGUAGACUUCGCUUCUGUUCACAUGUAUCCUGACUCUUGGAUUUCACAACAAAUUGCUGAUACUCAUCUCCCAUUUAUAAAAUCUUGGAUGGAAGCUCACAUAGAAGAUGCUGAAAAGCAUCUUGGAAUGCCAGUUGUUUUUGCUGAGUUUGGUGUAUCUUCCAAAGAUCCUGGCUACAAUUCAACAUAUAGAGACACACUUUUAAGCACUGUGUACAAUACCAUCCUAAACUCUACAAAGAAAGGAGGUGGUGGGGCUGGAAGCCUGUUGUGGCAAUUUUUCCCUGAUGGAACAGAUAACAUGGAUGAUGGGUAUGCCAUUGUUCUCUCAAAAUCUCCUUCCACCUCGAGUAUUAUACAACUUCAAUCUACUAGACUUGCCCUAUUCAAUUCCUUGUGCUAUACCAAAUGCCAGUGGGGUUGUAAGAAGAAAAAAUUGUUGGAGAAAAUACUCUAUCAUGAUGAACUGUAACACCAGAAGUGGAUAGUUUCCAAUUGU